AUGAACGGGCUUGCUGACGGAAUUUACGUUGAGCGACCCGGACCUCAUCUUGUUAUCGACUUCAUCCCAAAGCCUCUCAUGGAACCAGAUCGACGGAACAAUUCCUACCUCAUCGUAGGUGCAGGGUGUUUCGGAGCUUCUACCGCACUGCACUUGAAACAACUACUUCCCCUUUCAAAUGUUAUUUUGGUGGACCGGACACCCUUUCCCAACCCUGCAGCAGCAGCCCAUGAUCUAAAUAAGGUUGUGCGGACUGAUUAUGACGAAAGAUUCUACAUGGAAUUGGCACUUGAGGCUAUGAACAUGUGGAAAACCGAUGCUCUCUUCAGCAAGCACUAUCACGAGACAGGAAUUGUAUGGGCCGGCGAGGAGAAGAUGAGCAAUAAGAUCAUGAGAAAUUAUCAAAGCCUAGGGGUGAACCCAGGAGCAGUGAUUCUUGAUCCGGAAGAUGCAAAGACACGCUGGAAGGGGAUCUUGAGAGAUACAGAUUGGAAAGGCCUCAAGCAAGCUCUUUACAAUCCAAACGCCGGAUGGAGUGACGCUGAGCCAGCGCUGAGAGAUGUCAUUCAGAAAUCUGUCGAUAUCGGAGUGCAAUACAUUUCGGAUGGCGUUCGCAAAGUUCUCCUCCACGAUGAUGGGGUUUGCGUAGGAGUCCAAACUACGUCUGGAGAAAUCAUAAUGUCUGACCAUGUGGUUCUUUGCACUGGUGCACACACGGCACAGAUUCUCGCAGACAGUGCACCUAACAAGCCUGAGAUACACGUAGGGAACCGGAUGACGGCAGCGGCGGCGAUCAUGACGCUAUAUAAGAUGCCAGAAGAGGAGCUUUCUAAAUACGAAUCAGCGCCGGUCGUAAUCAACACACUCAAACAUGUUCAAGGUGAAAGUAUACCCCCAGGCCAAAGGGGACUUUGCAAAUGCACUCACGAAGAGAGCUUCACACAUUAUGUCGAUCAAAGCGAGUCUAAGCAGCGGCUUUCUGUACCUCCAGAACGAAGCAGCCAAAGUGUUUGGGGUCAUGAUGUACCGAGUGGCUUGAAAAAGGAAGCCGAUGUUGUCGCCCAACAAAUAUAUGGACCGUGGGUCAAAGGGCUCAGUCCGGUUCAUUACCGCAUGUGCUGGGAUGCCGUUACACCAACCCAAGAUUGGGUGAUAUCCCCACAUCCCAAGGCUAGGAACCUGUAUAUCGCAGCUGGUGGUUCAUUCCACGCUUGGAAGUUCAUGCCAAACAUUGGCAUAUAUGUUGUUAAGAUGCUGCUGGGUAGCUUGGAUGAUGAGAAGAAAGAACGAUGGGCUUGGGACCGGAAGAGCAGUAGCAGUGGAGGAGCAUGCGAUAUGUACAUUCCUGGCCGUGAUCUCAAAGACAUUGAGGGUUACAAAGAUCUUAAGCCAGUGAACGAGAGCUCGGCCUUGGAUGGUCAUUGGUUGAACGGUACUAAUGGCGGUUAA